GUCCCAACUUCCCCCCCGGCGUACUUUAGCCUACACCGGUCCCUCACUCACUCCCUCUCUCUCUCUCUCUCUCUGUGUGUGCCGGCUUUUAUCUUAAAUUGUCAGAAGCCACCUCAAUUGGAGCUCCUGAGAGAGAGAGAGAGAGAGAGAGAGAGAAUGGAACUUCGAAAAUCGAAAUCUGGGCGAUGAAAAGAUUGAAAGAUAUGGAGGGGGCGGGGGUUUGACCUAGUUUCACUGCUUCAUUGCUAGAUCAACAGCCUAAAAGGUCCGUAUUUGGUUGAGCUAAAGUAACCGAGGCCAUGGGUGUCGCCGGAAAAUGGAUUAAAGCAUUGGUUGGUUUGAAGAAAUCAGAAAAGUCAGAGUCUUCAGAGAAGGAUGAAAAUAGAACAGCUGCUAGCAAGUCUAGGCACCGGAGAAAACAUUCUGUUGAGAUAGAUGAUAAAAUUCAAUAUGAAUUCGAUCACGAUACUGCCCCACCAGUUGGAGAUUCCAGUAUUCAAUCAAACCUUGACACUGCUGGCUCCAAUUCCAAUUCACUUCAAGCACCGGAUGCAGCUUAUAAUCAGCAAAUUGUGAGGGAAGAAUGGGCUGCAACGCGUAUCCAAACUGCUUUUCGUGGAUUUCUGGCUAGGAGAGCUUUACGAGCUUUGAAAGGAUUGGUAAGACUUCAAGCCCUUGUUAGGGGCCAUGCUGUGAGAAAACAAGCUGCAAUAACUCUCCGCUGUAUGCAAGCUUUGGUGAGAGUUCAGGCUCGUGUCCGGGCUAGGCGUGUUCGUCUAGCACUGGAAAGUCAAACAGAACAACAGAAACUUCAGCAACAACUUGUAAAUGAGGCUCAUGUUCGAGAAAUAGAAGAAGGAUGGUGUGAUAGUGUGGGAUCGGUAGAACAAAUUCAAGCCAAAUUGUUAAAGAGGCAGGAGGCUGCAGCUAAGCGGGAGAGAGCCAUGGCAUAUGCGUUGGCUCAUCAGUGGCAGGCUGGAUCAAGGCUGCAGGCUGCUCCUUCUGGGUUUGAACCAGAUAAAAGCAGCUGGGGUUGGAACUGGUUGGAAAGAUGGAUGGCUGUCCGUCCUUGGGAGAACCGCCUUCUUGACAUCAAUCUCAGAGAUGGAGUGAUGGUAAAUGAAAAUGGAUCUAGUGAGGGCAAGAAUGGAACCAAAUCCCACUUAAAAUCUGCUGGCAAGAAACCAAUUGCAUCAAAUCUUCAGUCGAACCUUUCAAGUCAGAAAAUGGGGCCCUCUCAUUCUGAUGGCUGUGGUUCUUCACCCAGUAACUCAGCAGGGAUGCAAGAGGCACCCAAUACGCUGCUUGCCAAACCCAAACCCAAGGAUGAUCCAGUUGAUGAAGCUAGCUCGAGGCCUGGAAUUGGUCUGAGAUCCCACAGCAAUCCAAAAGAAAGAUCCACUCAACCAGAUAAACAGGCAAAGAAGCGAUUGUCUCUACCUAACAGUGGGGGAGGUGUUGGGGUUCAAUCAGUGAGGCAUCCUAAUAGAACUGCUGUGAAAGGGACACCCAGCAAUCAGAAGGCCAUCAAGGAUAAAUCAAAGCUUAAUGGAAGAGGGGACUCAAACUCCACAAAAUCUGUCCCGCAGCCGCAGGCCAUUGAUCUGUAGCCUCCAAAAUCCCACACGAAAGAUAUAUCCUACUCAGCCUACUCUUGAUUUAGGCGCGCUGCCGUUUCAGGCUGUACAUAUGUUGCCACGUGGAUAGGGCUUGCAACGGCCACGCUUUCGGUUCUUAUCAUUGAAACUCUGAGGUGGAUUGUAAAGGAGAUUGGGGUUUUGGAUUGUGAGAGGGGGAAUAAGAUAAUUAGGGGUUUGAUAUUGUAAUCAUUCAGGUGUAUUGUUAUCAAUUAUGUAAUCAUGCGGUAUUUAUUUUCAAACAUACCUUGUUUAAAGCAGUUGGCUUUCAUAUAUUAUUGUCAUUCUUAGAUUUCUUCCUCC